AUGGACAACGAAGACAACGCAAAAGCACAAGCCCGUUCCAUCCUUGGACCUACAAAAGACGCAGAAUUCCUACAAAGUUUCGUACGGAUCGGCGUUGGCGAUGAGGAGGAGGAAACCCCAGUCCCCAAAGCUUCGAUCAGCAAGCGAGCCCCGCCCGCAGAGAAGACCGACACCAUUGAAGAUGAGCAGCCAGAAGAUAGAAAGGAGUCGCUCAAGCCGAAGAGGAAGAGUGGACGCAAGCCAAAACGUGAAAGACGGAUUCGUCAAGAGGAGUUGUAUACUGAUAAGGAUCGGGCAGCGGCUGUUGUGAUGGGGUCUAAAGACAUUAAAUUCUCCCUCAAUAUGAAGGACAAGGCGGAAAGGAGCAGUGCUUUACAAAUUCCAGCGGAGGCGGAUGCUGGAACACUAUUAGCGUUGGCGCGUGCGGAGAUGAUGCGGGAGCGGUACCGUACGGCGCUGAUGUUUGUGGAUAAGGCUAUUGAGCUAGCACCAGAGGACAAGGCAGCCUACGUCGCGCGUAGCAAAUGUUACCUAUUACUCGGCGAGCCCCGAUCAGCUUUAGAGGAUGCGGAAACGGCUCUCAAACUUGAUCCGAAACAUGCAAAGGCUUUACUGCAGAAGGCUGAAUCCUUAUACUAUUGUGGGGAGUUCGAAAUGAGUCUAGUGCAUUACCAUAGAGGCCUACGCGCACGACCUGAUUUAAGUGAAUUUAGACUUGGCGUUCAAAAGGCACAGGAAGCCAUAGAGAAUACAAUAGGAUCCGUAAAACAAGUGAAAAGCGGUGGUAAGAGGAACAGUAAACAGUCCAGGCCAGUGCUGGGACAGCUGAUGUCUGAUAAACUCUAUCUGGAGAACCUUCUGAAGAACCCUGACUUAGCUAUUGCUGAUAAGAAAAAUGACGUCGUGCUGAAGCAGGCGGAGGAGGCUAUACGCUUUUUGGAGAAUAGGGAGGAAUUCUGGAGGCAACAACAAAGCGCGAAUCGUCACUAA